CCAAGUUGAGUUUCCGCCGCGUAAAAAUCAUCCAUUAUGGUUUCUGGUUCGGAACUAUGCGCUUUUUCCGCUGUGUGGGGGGGUGGCGGCUUAAAUGUAUUAUGUGCUAUCAACAAGAACGUCAGUGUUGAGGAAGAUUGAAUGCUUUUGCUGUGAGUGCGAAGCACCGCCUCCCUUCCACGACUUGUGGUGGAACAAGAUUCUCGAUCGGUGACAUUUUUUUUUUUAAUUUUUUUUUUGCAAGGAUUUGUGAGCCGAUACGUUACAGAUGUUCUCCUGAGUUUCCAUCUUGACCCAGACUGACAUCACUGACAUCACACCAUGGCAUCAAAUAUAAUCGUGGAACAACAGUUUUCCCACAAAUUAACAGUGACGGUCGUCCGAGCCGAGAGCGUCACCAAGGGAGCGCUGGGAGACUUGUUGGAUACACCGGAUCCGUAUGUGGAGCUGUUCAUCCCGACGGCCCCGGAGAGCAGGAAGAAGACCAAUCACAUCGACAACAACGUCAAUCCAAAAUGGGACGAGACAUUUCACUUCAUACUGGACCCGAACCUCCAGAACGUUCUUGAGAUAACGUUAAUGGAUGCCAAUUACGUGAUGGAUGAGACCCUCGGGACCGCUUCCUACGACAUCUCCAAGCUCAAAGUGGGACACAAACAAAUGGAGACGUUCCUCAUUGGCAAAGCCACCAAGGUCUACCUGGAGAUGUAUCAGGAGAUCUGUACCAAGUUGGAUCUCCGCUUCAGCCUGGCUCUCUGUGACAAGGAGAAGCAGUUCCGUCAGACCCGCAGAGAAAGAGUAAUGUUGGGGAUCAAGAAGUUACUGGACAUGGAGAAGCCACGUUUCCUUCCCAGCUCACCAGAAGAGGUACCAGUGAUCGCCAUCUCGGGUUCAGGAGGUGGAUUUCGUGCCAUGGUGGGCUACUCGGGUGUGAUGAAAGCCCUCUUUGAGUCUGGAGUUCUGGAUUGUGCCACCUAUAUUGCUGGUCUCUCCGGAUCCACUUGGUACAUGUCCACGAUGUACUCCCAUCCCGAAUUUCCCAAUAAGGGUCCAAAGGAGAUCAACAAGGAGCUAAUGAACCAAGUCAGCAGUAAUCCAUUAAGACUCUUACUGCCGCAACACAUAACCAACUACAUCCAGGCUCUGUGGACCAAGAAGGCCUCAGGACAGCCUGUUACCUUCACCGAUAUCUUCGGGAUGCUCAUAGGAGAGACGCUGAUACCUGCGAGGAUGGACAUCAAGCUGAGUGACAUCCAAGAGAAAAUCGACCAGGCCCAAAGUCCUCUUCCUCUCUUUACGUGUCUCCAUGUCAAGCCGGAUGUUUCUGAGCUCAUGUUUGCAGACUGGGUGGAGUUCACACCUUACGAAAUUGGAAUGGCGAAAUACGGCACCUUCAUGACCCCUGACCUGUUUGGAAGCAAGUUCUUCAUGGGAACUGUUGUCAAGAAAUACGAGGAAAAUCCUCUUCACUUUUUAAUGGGUGUUUGGGGAAGCGCCUUUUCUAUUCUUUUUAACCGCGUGCUGGGGGUCAAAGACAGAGCUGGGGGCAGCACCAUGGAGGAGGAGUUAGAGCAGAUCAAACCACAGCACAUUGUCGGAGAAGACAGUUUGGACAAUGAGGAUGAACCCCGCAAAGCCGGCACAGAGAACCAAGAGGCGGAGGAUGAGUAUCAUCGCACCGCUCAGGCCAGCUGGGUCCACAGGAUGUUCACGUCGCUCUUCAGCGACACGGCUUUGUUCAACACCAGAGAAGGUCGUGCUGGGAAGGUGCAUAACUUCAUGUUGGGAUUGAACCUGAACACCAGCAUCCCUUUCUCCCCAGCCAGUGGUGUCAUCUGCCAAGCACCUACACCAGAGGAGGAAGUAGAUGCUGUCACAGACCCAGACGAGUUUGACCGCAUCUACGAACCUCUGGAUGUGAAGAGUAAGAAGAUCCACGUGGUGGACAGCGGCCUCACCUACAACCUCCCCUAUCCUCUCAUCCUGCGGCCCCAACGGAGCGUCGACCUCAUCAUCUCCUUUGAUUUCUCUGCACGACCCAGUGACUCCAGCCCGCCGUUCAAGGAGCUCCUGCUGGCUGAAAAAUGGGCUCGUAUGAACAAGCUUCCAUUUCCUAAAAUUGAUCCCAAAGUCUUCGACCGGGAGGGCCUGAAGGAAUGCUACGUGUUCAAACCCAAAAAAGGCGAAAAGAACUGCCCGACUGUCAUCCAUUUUGUCCUGGUCAAUAUCAACUUCAGGAUGUUCAAAGCGCCUGGCGUUCCAAGAGAAACCGAGAAGGAGAAGGAAGUGGCAGACUUCGACAUCUUUGACGACCCUGAGUCUCCGUUCUCCACUUUCAACUUCCAGUACUCCAACGAGGCUUUCACUCGACUCCACGACCUCAUGGAGUUCAACACCCUCAACAACUUGGAUGUGAUUAAAGACGCCAUCAAAGAUCGCAUCGUGUUACGGAAAGAGAAUCCUUCCUCCCUCACCUUGCCCUUCUCCCUGAGUGCGAUCCCCAAGAAGAGGUUUCUCAAAAGGAAUCCUCACCUUAAUGCUUGGAAUCACCAUGGCAACAACGAUCAGUAGCCUGGUUUUGCAUGGAGACUUUUGGAUUUUAGCGGAAAAUGUUUUCUUUUUGGAAAAUGUUGAAUUUGCUAUGUUUUAUGGUGUUAGAUAAAAGGGAACGAUGA